AUGUCCUCAAAUGGCUGGCAAGCCGUGCAGUGGGAUGGUGGAGGCGGGGACGGCCUCUUCAUCACCAUCAGGUACCACGGCAAGCGUUUUCACGUAUCCUUACUUCCAACCACCUCCCCAAACACAAUCGAGGGACCUAUUAUCUCAAAAUAUGAGUCCAUGGAUGAUGAAGGUGAAGCCGAAGAGGCGAUUGAAGCUUUCCAGGAAGAAAUCCAAGACAUCGUUUACGAAGCUGGGCGGUCAAUCUGGACUCAACUAGCUCCUCCACUUCCUGAUGGACCAGAGCCCUCAGAUUUACACUCUCUUCUCUACCCAGAGACCUUUUACUUCCGCUUUGUAACCAAUAAUGGGAAAGCGGAACUGAUUCCACACGAAAUGGAGCGCGCGCCCUAUGACGUUCGCUUUGGCAUGAAAAUUGUCAACGAUAUGGAACUACCUCAAUACUCAUCCAAAGAUAUCCGUGUACUGGAAACUAUCUUCGGGCACAGCUACAUUGCCCAAGUCUCAGUUGAAGGAAAGAAAAUGUGUUGCAAGAGCGGUGAUGAUGCUUCCUGGCGAACCAUGGAACGGGAAUUCAACUGUCUCCGGAAAGUAGCGAGAUCACACCUCGCUGAUUCGAUUCGAGUACCUCGAUUGCUUGGUUUAGUCACGUCGGCGGAGACGGGGUUGUUCAUUGGCAUUCUCGAAGAACACAUUCCUACGGGAGUGCUGUCUGAUUUAAGGGCGCUGAAGAAUGAGGAUGUGGAGGCUUCGACGGAUAGGAGGAAGAAGUGGGGGGCUCAGGUUCGAGAGACGAUUGAUCAGCUUCAUGAAAUUGGGGUCGUAUGGGGUGAUGGAAAGCCGCAUAAUGUGCUCAUUCAUAGGGAAACGGAUGAUGCUUGGGUGAUUGAUUUUGGGGGUAGCUAUACCGGUGGAUGGGUUGAUGCGGGGUUGAUGGAAACUAUGGAAGGUGAUGAGCAGGCGGUCAGUAGAAUCCUCAAAUUCUUGGAUAUCUGA